CUUUCGCACUGCGCCACAAUUCUUAUCUGCAUUUAUCAUUCAAACUCAAAUUACGAAACAUCCUUAAUAAAUCGUAAAUUUUAUAAGCAGAAAGUGUAGAGAAGGCACAAGAAAAAUGUUCAGAAUCCAUGUCAGAUGUCAGGUUGGGUAAUCAUUCUGGCGGGAAAAAGCAUCUUCUGUAGAAGCAGCUGUUGUUCAAUCAAUUCCCGAGAUGCCUGAUAUCACAAUUAACGAUAUUAUUGUGACCUUUCCUUUUAAACCGUAUUCAGUACAAGAGGAAUAUAUGAAAAAAGUGAUAGAAUGCCUACAAAAUGGUCAACAUGGUGUUUUGGAGUCUCCCACAGGCACUGGAAAAACUCUCAGCCUCUUGUGUUCCACUUUAAGUUGGCUGUUGACAAAGAAAGCUCAAUUACAGGCACAAGUAAUAGCGGGUGCAAUUCAAAAAGUGGACUCUGGGGGACAUUUUUUUAAAUAUUUAACCAAUGGGCUUGACAAAGCAGCUGGAGUACCAGAUAAUGUUCAGAAUUUUGGCUGGGCUAUGCCCAAAAUUAUUUAUGCUUCUAGAACUCAUUCUCAAUUAUCUCAAGCUAUGCACGAGUUGAAGAGAACAUCAUACAAGCAUGUGGCUACUGCUGUGUUAGGAUCUCGAGAUCAGCUAUGCAUUCAUCCAGAAGUUUCUAAAGAAGCAAGCGCUUUUAACAAAAUACACAUGUGUCAUUCUAAAGUAAAGUCAAGAACGUGUUUUUAUUAUAAUAAUGUUGAGACCAGAAAGGAUGAUCCCAUGUUUAAACAGGAAGUGUUAGAUAUAGAAGAUUUAGUUAAAAUCGGACAGAAGCAUAAAUGUUGUCCAUACUUUUUGGCAAAAGAGUUAAAACAGAGUGCAGAUAUCGUUUUCAUGCCCUACAAUUAUUUACUAGAUCCUAAGACACGAAAGACACAGGGUAUAGAUUUACAAAAUACCGUGGUUUUACUGGAUGAAGCUCACAAUGUUGAAAAAGUUUGCGAAGAGGCAGCAUCAUUACAGAUAAGUAGUACAGAUGUUGCAUUGUGCAUUGACGAAGUAACUGGUGUAAUGCAAGACAUGGCUAAGGAAGCAGAUUUGCAGAAUGACUUUUUAUCAGAGAAUAAUGUUCAGAAAGAUUUCACAGCAGAGGACUUAUGCAUCUUAAAGGCGAUGUUUUUGGAACUGGAAAAAGCAAUCGAUUCCAUUGAAUUAAAAAAUCGUACAGAAGGAGACACUUUUCCUGGUGGAUAUAUUUUUGAACUACUUGAGAAAAUUGAAUUGACACAUGGAAAGGAACAAAUUGUGAUAGACAAAUUAGAAAAGAUUAUUUUGUAUCUGACGACGACCAGUACUUCGCCGUUUGCAAGAAAAGGAAACGCGCUGCAAAAAUUCAAUGAUUUAUUAAGAACUGCUUUUAAUAACAGCACUAAUAUCGUACGUCAUAAGGAAAAAGUGAAACGUUGUUACAAAGUCCAUAUACAAUCCGAAGAGCAAAAGAAGAAUUACAAAAAUGACGUUUGGGAGAGCAAAAAGACGACAAAAACCGACGGAAAGCUUAUUAGUUACUGGUGUUUCAGCCCUGGCUUUGGUAUGGAGCAAAUGGUAGAACAGGGAGUACGUUCAGUAAUACUCACGAGUGGUACAUUGUCUCCCUUAAAACCAUUCAUAUCGGAACUUGGUAUACCAAUCACAGUUCAACUGGAAAAUCCGCACAUUGUAACAAAGGAACAAGUGUGUGUUGGUGUUCUUAGUCAAGGACCAGACAAUCAUCCGCUCAAUUCCUCCUACAACACAAGGAAUGACCCGAAAUAUAUUGCGUCUCUUGGAAGGACGGUGUACAACUUCAGCUGUAUCGUCCCUCAUGGAUUGUUAAUCUUCUUUCCUUCGUAUCCAAUUAUGAGGAAGUGUAGGGAUGAAUGGCAAAAUAUGGGUUUGUGGACGCAGAUUGCUGAACGUAAGCCCAUUUAUGUAGAACCCAAUUCCAAAGACGGACUUGUCAACGUGAUGAAUGAAUAUUAUCAAAAAAUUAGAGAUCCAUCCUGCAAGGGAGCGGUUUUCAUGGCUGUGUGCAGAGGAAAAGUCAGCGAAGGACUGGAUUUUGCUAAUGCAAACGGUAGAGCUGUAUUAAUCAUUGGUCUUCCAUUUCCUCCUUUAAAAGACCCGCGAGUUAUGCUGAAGCAGAGAUAUUUGGAGGAAAUAAGAACUGCAGAGAAAGAAGGCUUAACUGGGCAAGAAUGGUAUCAACUUGAGGCGUCGCGAACUGUCAAUCAAGCCAUCGGCAGGAUAAUCAGACACAAAAGUGAUUAUGGUGCUGUAAUACUCUGUGAUUGUAGAUUUGAAAAUCCAAAUUUCAAAAAACAGUUGUCUGCCUGGCUCAAACCGUACAUAAAGAAGUUUACGAAUUUCGGAAUGAUUACGAAAGAGCUACGAGACUUUUUUAGGAACGCGGAGAAUACUCUGCCACAACCUAGUAUUACUUAUGCACAAUAUGGGAACGAUGAUAUAUCACUGCCUGCUGUGGGUGCUACUUUUGAAACAACAGUAUCUCGUUCUCUCAAACAAAAAGGAAAUCACAGUUCAAUGACAGAAGAAUCUACUAAGAAUAAUUUUAACAUCGAUAUGUAUUUAGACGAAACCUCAAAAAAUAAACAGCCAGAAUCACCACUUGAAAUUAAUUUUGGUACUUGCAAUUUAAAAGAUCAGAGUACGUGCGAAUUAACAAGACAAAGAACUGAUCAACCAGCUAUAAAAAGAAGAAAAAUUAAUAUUUUACCAUCUGGAAUUAAUUCGUAUUUUUCUGGUCCUUCGACUUCUUCCUCAAUAACUUCAGAAAGUAUUUGUAUAAAUCCUGCGCAAAACGAUAAAGAAGCGAAUAAAGACGAUAAAAAGACAUUGGGAAAACAAUAUUUGAAAGAUGUAAAACGAGCUUUAUCAGCGAGUGAUUAUAAAAUAUUUGCAAGUAUAAUACAAAGCUAUACACAAAAUGGAGAUUUUGACGAAUUAUUGAAAGUAUUGUCAGGUUUAUUUCCACCGACUGGGAAACUACAAUAUUUAUUUAUAGGAUUUCAAAGUUUUCUUAAAAAACAACAUACUGCAGCCUUUGAGAAUUAUAUAAAGAAUUUAAAAUGUUCCUAGCUUGGAAAUACUGGAAAGGCAAUGGUUACUAAAUAUAUACUUAUUUUUACUUUUUUAAACGAAUUUUAAUAGAGACUAAUAAAGAGUUAAGAAAAAAAUCUUUUUAUUAAUAUUUUUAUAUAAAUUUAUAUUAGAUUAAUUAAGCCAUACUGGAUGUAAAAUAAUGCGGGCAUCAUUAUAGUGAGAUCAAGAAAAAGUUCGAAAAUGUAAGAUCUGAGAAAGUUGAAUCAUUUUUUACACUUUUGAGAUAACAUCCUAAAAUUGAUUUUAGCGAAACAGCAGUAUUAUAUUUAAUAUAACUUUGUUAAAAUAUAAAGAAUAGUAAAAGGCAUUAUCAUGUGUAAUUAAUUUCAUUAUCGAUUAUCGAUGUAUCGUACAUUAAUGUUAUGAAUAAAAUCUAUCCAUCAUAAGAUAAAAAGAAAGAACGUAGCACUCUCUAUUGACUUAUUAAUAAUCGAUCAUUAAUAACUAUAAAUAUAAUCAACGAUCAUAAACGGUAAUAAUAAAUACAGAUAUCUUUUCUAUUUUGUUAACCAUGUAAUAUAUAAUUUAUGAAUAUCGUCCAUUAUGUACAAUGGACAUAAGUAAGAAAAAUUAUAUACACUCGCACCUCGACACAUUGUU